UUUAGCGUCUCGCCGCGGUUAGUCGCGGUGCCGAAUAUUAUUGAGAAACACUCGAUUUCUCGCCGUACCGUUGAAUAACGUUCGGGACGUUCAGUCGCGAUCGGUUACGUCAAAAUCCGAGCCUAACCUCAAAAUAUCCGUGCCGUUUUUGACGGAAAAUAAACUUUUCGCGCCUCGAUCGGCCUGAAUCGGACGCACUCAGGCGAGAGGAUCCUGAAAAGAAUUAAAAAACGUACUGGUGGUGAGCGCGUAUCUCACCCUACUCGCAUUCCCAAGUUCCUCGCCGGCGCCGUUAGCGUUAAAGAUGUGCGACAAACCGCAGAACGGCCCCAGAUGGAUUAACCCGUGCAAUCUGAGCGGCACCGCCCAAGAAAUCCGGGACCAGCCAGUCGAAAACUUAAACGUCACUCUUCUCACCCCUAUCGUGGUGUCGGCCAGGCAGACGCUGGAUCUGGCCAACAACCUCAAGGAAAAUUACGCGAAGGUGAUCUUCAAGCAGGGCGCCGCUCAGGUGGAGAACCUGCUCCGCGAUCAGAAAUACAACUGGCUACCUCAGCUGCCCGAUACGAGAGACGAGAGAGCCUUCAGAGACCACGCUAAGGCGCUGCCGUGGCAGCGAGCGCUUUUGGAGUCGUACAAGUACCUGCAGACCAUCGCCGUGGGUCUCGAGCAGGUAACUUCGGACUUUGAAAACGACCCGAUAGAUUCGAUGAAGGAGAACUUCACCGAAAUCAACAACCACGUUCACAACGUGCUCUGCGAGCUCCAGAUGAGCAUCAUCGAUCACAACCUGAAGAUCGAGAGGGACGUCGGCAGGGACGCGAUGCCGCAGAUGUACAGGGAGAUUUGCGAGAGCAGAAGCAGAAGGUCAGAACGCGACUGGAUCAUCCUCAGGGAGUGCAUCAACGUGCUGGAGUACACCAUCGGGGUGUUCACUCACCUGUCCAACUGAGGAACCCGUUACUUACGCGAGACCUUUUUUUUUUAAUUUAUUUCACUCGAAAUUAUUUAUUAUAUUUUUUAAAUAUAUUAUUAUUAUAUUUAUUGUAUGUAAGUUAUUUUUUGUGUAUAUACAUUGUGUAGAGAAAAGUAUUAUUAGAAACAACGAAUUGAUAUUAUAUUUUGUACGGACCAGUCGGGCGGGCUGACCGACGCAUUUUUUUUUAAUUAGUGUAUUUUUUUUUAAAUUUUCGACU